AUGGGUCCUCACACCUCUGCUCGCCAGUUCCACAACGGCUUUCCCGCUACCCUGGUGGAUCCUACCCAAAGUAGCGGUUCACAAAGGUGGACACUAGGGAGACCGGCCUUCAGCGGUACAUCAAGGCUUAUGGCUCCUACAGCAGCUUCCUCUGCUAAGGUCUCCAAACCCAGCUCUUCGACAUCCCCUCCGAGCUCCUCUUCAAAUUGGAGAAGAAGCCCAUCCAAUGAUCGAACGACAGACUCUUACGCCCCUUCCCGCGAUCAACCACCUCAUAUCUCUUAUCUGGCUCAAAGUAACAGCCAAGAACCUCGAAUUUCGUCUACUCAUUCUACAGCUCCCCUGCCCUCAGACGGAAACAACCCCUCUCAGCACAAACCUGGAGGAGAUGCAUCCUCUAACUACAGUUCACCACUCUCCUCUCCGCCCACUUCAGUCACCCCUACGACGCUCCCUGUCGACGAAGAGAUAGCCGUUCGGACGUUUCGCGUAGGCAUGGAAAGAGGGUAUUCCCUUUCCCCCAUGUAUAAUUUGAUCCUGGAAUACAAUUUAGAGAAAGGGAGUAACCUAUCUACCGCGAUGGAAGUGUCAUGGAUCUUAUUACACCCUAACCUCAACCCGUCGGACAUCACUCGUAAAACUGGGGAAGGAGUCGAUCCCUACACUAGUAUAUGUGUUAAAGAAGAGAGACUUGUUCGCAUCCUCCGCGCCGUCAAUGAACUACAGGCCUUUCUUCACUGGAUGGCUGAUCUUAUUGAGGAAAGAGCGCGAGUUUACUCCAUUGAUCCCGAAGACACCAUGACUACUGCUCUGAGAGGAUGCAAGAGUAGAUCGCAGUUGGACAUGGCCUAUAAAAUCUUAGUUAAACGACUUCAGGUAGCUCAACAAACAGUCAUGAAAUAUGAAUCUGAAUAUCAGGGGAACGACAUUCCCCUUUCCCCCGUCUCGACAGCACCCAAGCUGUACAGUGACUUCAAGAGAAUUGAGGACGUAGAUGGUCGUAUGAGAUACCUGUUAGAGAACAUCCCGCAUCAUCAAAACGGUGUAAGCUGGGACAUCCUUCAUCCCACACAAACCUUGACAUGGGACGAACCUGUAAAAGAAAGAGCGCUCACCCCUCCACUAGACAGUGAGCGUAAUCCUGUGGAAGUUAAGAAAAAGGUUGAAUGGGACAAUUAUAACUCACCUUGGUCCGAUAAUAAUCCAAGCAUCGAACAGGGUCGUGACCAGACCCAGGGACUAGAGCCGUCGUUUGGAUUCCAAACGCCAUUCCAGACAGGCAAGCAGUUCCUGGAACGAGCGGACGACACUACUUCCGGAGUAUUCUUCUCGACGCCCACUUAUAACGCUAACGCGGACGUCACCGUUGGUCUCGCUACUCCAUCCCGCUCGAAUCUAGGAGACAACGUCAAAGAGGCGAUGGUAAUGGAUCAAAGCCGAACACACACCUCGAAUGUCCCCUCCAACCAAACCUCUCGCCUAUGGACAGUCCCUGCAUCUUCAUCGCUCACUGCACCGCAAGCAAACAAAUCGAAUGCAAAUCCAGGAGGAGGACGAUCUCCACCCGGAAGAGGCAUGCCAGACGAUAACAGAGGGAACAGCAACCACGCUGGUGGAAGUGGAGGCCCUCCUCCGAGUAACAGCAACCACGGUGGAGGAGGUGGAGGAUUUCCUCCCCCCGGAGGCGGUGGAGGAGGUGGAGGAGGAUUUCCCUCCUCAGGAUUUCCUUCGGGAAAUGGAGGCCCGCCUCCACCAGGAGGAGGGGGUAAUGAUCCUCCUGGACCAGGAGGAGCUGGCUGGCCCCAAGCUCCUUACGGAAACAUGCCAGCCUCGAUCAAAACAGAGUUGAAGGUCGAGCAGCUUCCUGAGUGGGACGGCAACCACUGGACAGCCAUCGAUUACUUCUGGAAUGUUCAGCAAUUACUAAGCAGGAACUUCUAUGGUACAGCUCAGGAGUACAUGAUAAUUUCCGAGAAAGGGGACACGAAAGAGAAAGCCCAACGGAAUUUAUACUGGUCCCGGUUCAGCGUUGGAGUUCUGCAAGGUGACAGCAAGCUUGUGGGUCAAUCUGGUGGAUUACAUUCAUGUCAUGUCUUGGGAAAGUUUUACAAGAGUAUGGUUGUGGAAUUAUUCCUCACGCAGUAUCACUACACAAACUUCAACUACCUUCUACACCUUUAUCCAAUGGGCAAACACAGGAUUGGCCCCAAAAAAAUACAGCCCGUCACUUUCAAGGACGAUACAGCGUACAAGCGAAGGCAAAAGGCCUUGGCGCAGAAACCCGAGCCUGCUGACGAAAUUGCAAGGCACUUGAAGAAAACUCAGGAUGACGUCUUGAAAGCGCUUCAUCCCAGCUAUUUCUUAGCGUGUGCUGCAGGACAGAGCAACAAAUUCUUUGAAAGGGCCAAUCUCGUAUGGUGCCUCAGGUUUCCGGAGCCUGAGGAGAUAAAAGUGAAUAAGGAUUACAUGGACACUGAUUACGGGGCUUACAUUUUGAAGUUGCGGCAAAAGCUUGUCCGUAGCAAAGUCGGCUGGAUGUCGUUCCUCUUCCCAGAGCAGGCUGAUGCUGACUCGCCUCCGAAACAUAGUUGGAAUGCUGAGUUAAAUUCUGCGAUCCAAAAAAUUAUGAACGGCCUUCCGACCCCGAUGAUCGGCCUUGAAGAAAUUGAGAAAGCAAUAGUGGGACCAAGCUUGGGAGAGACCACGCAGGAGGAUACCUCGAGUGAGGGAGACUUCAACUUCAAUUUCCUGUAUUGUCCUGCUGGCCGUUACAAGGGAAAGAGCAAGUUCGUUGUUGUUCGCGACAACAAGCAUGACAACAAGCUUCACAUUGGUCACUCCCGCACUGUCCAAAUCUCUGAUAACGGCUUUCGAAUCCUCCAAACACCUCGCUCCCCCAUGAAAGUCUCCUCUGCUCAGAGUCGGCCCCUCGUAGAACAGGAAUUCGACGACUGGAACCCUUGCAUCGAGUAUGAAGAUGCCGGGGAGGAGUCACCCCUGAUAAAUGUCGAAGAAAACGUUCAAGGCACCGUGGCUGCAAAAGUUGCAGCAAAACGGUACCCCACUUUGGAUGCUCCGUUGCACGAGUGGGCUGGAAAGGAUUGGUGUGAUCCAGGAUAUAGGGAGGAAUAUCUGCUUGAAUUGCUUAGGCUUGAAGGGCAGGGGGGGAACACUUCCAUGGGUGCAUGUCAUGCUCCUCCCCAGCUGGAAUCUACCACUUUACCUCACCACAUCAUCAAGAAAUGGGAUGGCGCGUGUUUCGACAAAGUAUCACUGAAAGACUUGGGCCUCAGAGUUCAGCUCGGCCACCCUGCCAGUUCUCGAUGUGUCACGCCGCAACCUGGACACAAGGACUUUAUGGUCCUUCACACAAAUGGGUUGCAUCAAUGCGCAUACCCGGCACAGUUGACUAAAAAUGCAAAUGCGUGGAAUCUGAAAAUAGGACAAGGCUUUGGAACUGGCAGCAAGCACGAAGAGGUUCUAGAGUAA